AUGACUGUUGAUGGCACAACUUUCAGCAACUUGGGUUGGAGGAGCAUAUAUCAAUGGCACAGCCGAAGCGCUCUACAACGGGGGCCUGCUGGGUUGCCAAGCGCCGAUCGGCUACGCUCUUUCUCUGGUUAUGGGCGGUUUGUUAUUCGCAAAGAAGAUGCGAGAAGAGGGCUACGUUACGAUGCUCGAUCCCUUUCAACUCAGAAACUAAUAAAAAGAUUACAGAUUAAAUAUGGUCAGCGUGUGGGAGGACUUAUGUUCCUGCCGGCUCUACUUGGUGAGGUGUUCUGGAGUGCAGCGAUUCUGUCGGCUCUAGGAGCAACGCUGUCAGUAAUUCUUCAAAUCGAUAUGAAUAUAUCUGUGGUGAUUUCCGCAUUGAUCGCCAUCUUCUACACUUUUACCGGAGGUCUCUACGCUGUUGCUUACACUGACGUCGUGCAGCUGUUCUGUAUUUUUGUCGGUCUGUGGGUUUGCGUUCCGGCUGCGUUGCUGUCGGAAGCGACAAGGGAUAUCAGUCGCAACGCUGGCGAUUGGAUAGGACUCGGAGCGGUAUCGGCGGCUGUGAUGUCUUCCGCUGACUCCUCAGUGCUGUCAGCAGCCUCCAUGUUUGCACACAACAUCUGGAAAUUGACCAUCAGACCUCACGCAUCAGAACGCGAGGUGAUUCUUGUGAUGCGUUUCGCCAUCAUCGCAGUUGGUGUGAUGGCUACCGUUAUGGCGCUAACAAUUCAGAGCAUCUACGGUCUAUGGUAUCUGUGUGCCGAUCUCGUCUACGUCAUCCUAUUUCCACAAUUACUUUGUGUUGUCUACGUGAAGAGUAGCAAUACGUAUGGAUCACUGGCUGGCUACGGUGUCGGCCUAAUUCUCCGAUUAUCCGGUGGAGAACCCCUUGUCGGCCUUCCGGCACUGGUCCACUAUCCAAUGUAUACCGAUGGAAUUCAGUAUUUCCCCUUCAAGACGAUGGCAAUGAUGUCGUCAUUAAUCUGCAUUCUUGGCGUGUCGCGUCUUAGUGAGCACUUGUUCACGACGGGUCAGAUAUCACCGGAGUGGGAUGUUCUGGGUUGUGUCGUUGUGCCAUCAGAGAGAAUUCCGCUCCCGUCGGACGUCUCGUUUAAUGUUAGCAGCGAUACUCUUGCGAUGAACAAGGCGAACGGUAACGGUGCGCACAACGCAGUAUUCACUGAGUCGUCCUUGCUUCAUCCUCAGUUUGCAGACCAAAAUUACUUAUCAACUAAUUCCCACUAG